AUGGGCGGCUGGGACUCCUAUUGCGCGAUAUGUGGCUCAACAUUCAAAAGCCAUCUCUCCAUUGAUUCCGACGACGAGACCGAUCUAACAUACAGCGGAGAAGUCAUUGGCGAGAGUGAUCUUCAAUGGCUAAAAACACUGCGUGCCAUUGGCCUCAGUGCCGGCAACCCAAAAGAGAGAAAGGAGCAAUCGUUGUGGCUCCAGGAGACGAUCCUAAUAUUCCUAUUGAUGAAAGAGGCAAAAUGCCCUGGUUAUGCGCGUAUGUUUCAAUUUCUCUAUCCCAAAGUGGUAUUAAUUCUCUUCAGAUACUAUGACCCCACCCAUGAGGGAAAUCAGAUUGUCUUUCCUUUUCAUGAGGUCUGCUACAAGGAUAUCCUUCUCCGAUGUUUCAAAUAUGAGAAGAUAAAUACAGACGUAUUUCAUGCUCUCUGCGAAGACAGAAGAGAAGACUUUCGGGACCAGCUGGCGUUGGAUUACGGCAACCCCCACCCGCCCUGUGAACAGUAUUGGCAAUGCAGAAAAGGCGAAGAGGUCCUGGUGACGCACCCCGUCAAGAUACCUCAGCUGAUACCCUACCUGGGAAUAAUUCAAGAGCUUAUAGUCAGCGAGGAAAAGAAACAUCUUGCGUCUCGAGCAGUACAAGUCAGUCACGACAUAUUCGACAAGCUGCCCUAUGAAUUACGGCAGGAGGUAUUCAACCUCCUUCCAAUUCCAUCCGUCCUGGCUCUUAAAUCUGCGUCAUUUUCGAUGCAUGUUUGUCCAGACCUAUCCUGGAAACAGAAACUUGAAACUGAUAUAGGUUGGCUUUGGGAAGUUCAUGAUAUUGAUCCGUUCAAAUCACAGGCGCUAGAGGCCAGAUUGUCCAUGAUUAUUGCAGAACUUGAAAAGAAAAGUCGGUACACAGAAGGAAAAGUUGAUUAUAUUCCUGGACUGGUCAAUCGCAGACGGAUUUGGGCGGUUUGUGAAAAAAUUAGGUUGUUGUACCAUGCCAAACUGGCAGAAGCUGGAGGGCAACAGUAG